AUGAUUCUGCGCGCAGCUGUGUUCGGGCUGGUUUGUUCGGGAAUGCUCAGCUGGGCCAAGAGGCCCCAGAUUCCCCCGCACUGGAGUUGCCGUGGACAAGUCGAUUGGCCGUCUUUGCGGAUGCUUAAAGAACAGGCCGGUCGCAUGAUGGAGCAUGAUUUACUCCCCGUGUUGAUACUUGAAGGAGGCUCGCAGAAGUACUGGGACUUCCUUUUUCAAGAAAACUGCCAUGCUGCCCGAUGGACAGUGGAGUUGCUCUAUGCAGAGUUAGCCAUGAUCCGUGCUGAGUUGAGCAAUGAUUGGGCCGAUGCGUUGGGAUCUGCUGGCAUGGGCAUCAACCAUCCCUUUGCGAUAUUUUUCCGCAGGAGCCAUCCGAUCAUGGACCUUUUCCACGAGCUCAUGUGGGGUGCCGGCUCUGCUUGGUCUUCGGUGAGUGCUGGUGGCUGGGGCACUUUUGCGUUGCUAGGAAGACUGUCUAAAGCAUUCCAAGCUUAUCUUCAGAAAAAAGGCAAGCCAGCAAGCGAAGCUGUAGAGGCCAUCAUGAGUCUGCAGCCCACCGAGACUAGGCGAGCUAUCGCUGCCGGAAUUUCGAGGGUCUACACCGUUGCAACGGCAGGAUUGCAACAUGCAAACACAUCAGCCCCCUGGGAGCACCGCGCAGCAGCAGCCGCCACUGCUGAGACGUUGUUGCGCAGGUGGUCCCGUGCAGCUACAUAUUCGGGCUUGCCGCCUUGGCAAAUUCUUGGAUCCGUUUUGCUUGAUGCACAGGCACCCGAGUUCUGGCAAUUACUGGAUGCCAUCCUCCUGCCUGACGCAGUCCGGAUUUGUCUCCCUCAAGUGCUCGGUUUGCAGUCCUCGUGCCGGUGCAGAGCAGGGCAUUGCUCCAAGUUCUGGGGCACGGACCAAGCUCUCAAGGCGGCUGCCGGGAACCACAGCAAUAAAGCUAGAGACUUGGCCAUCUUUCGAGUUGUGCCGAAGCGUGGGCUACUGAAUGACAACUUUCGAAGCAAGUGUAACGUCACAUGUCCCAAAGCUGUCCUGGGUCUUCUUGGAGAGGUAUCAGAACUCUUCAUGGGGCAAUCUGUCCCUCGCACUCCCUUCGUGUAUGUGGACGUCGGGGCAGCACUGGGGGACUGCAUGAUGUCUGCGUCCUUCCUGUUUCCGGAAGGUCGCUUGCAAGGCAUGGCCUUCGAGGCUAUACCUGCGUGGGCAAGCCGCAUGAGGGAGACUUUCCGCAUCAACGAUAUCUCCGCAGAAGCACUCCCCAACAGGACACAAGUGCUGGUCAGAAGUGUGUUCCUGGGCAGUGAAAAGUCGAGAUCGGUGUACAUGGCAGGUGGUUGGGGCCUUGGUGGUGCUAGUGGUGCAACAGAUCCUGGAUCUGUCGGGUCUUUCCAGCCGCUCACUUUGAGAACCUCCACUUUGGAUGACGAAGUUGCCGUGAGCGGCAUUGGUCGGGUCGACUUGCUACACAUCUUUGUGAAUGCUGUCGAACCAGCAGUUCUGCAGGGCGCCAGGCGCUUGCUGCAGCAGCAUCGCGUAGGUUGCGCCCUCGUCCAAACAUACCUCAGACAAGAUAUCACAGGUCCUGUUGUCCGAGUUCUCCGCUCAAGUGGCUAUACGGUCAGCAAUUACAGCUAUGCGAUUCCAGAGAAUGCUUUCCAGCUAGUGGCCGGGAGUCCAACUGACGCCCUUGCGCUUGCAGGGGGGUCGGCUUGUGGCAGACGGUUUUUCCAGUGGUGGCUUGGUGAAAACAUGUGA